AUGGUGAAUAUGUUUUUAUUAUUUUUUCUGGUGUUAAAGACAGCCCAAGCACAAGUGUGCAAUGGAUUCGUUUCAAGCCAAAAUUCAGCUAGUCAACAUCAUAGACAAAACUUACAGAGUUCGCCGUCAGCAGUGAACCACCAAAGCUAUUGGGCCAGCCAACCGAAAUGUUGGCCAAGUGAAGCCAAAGCCUACUUCCUGCCAAGUGCACCGGCGUCUAUGAAAGCCGCAGCGUUCAAUACAAUAGAAAAUAGCUUGGGCGAUCCUUUUGCGAAUGCAUUAACAAAAACGUUAAACGAAAAGCCUCGUAAUCUUGCGGAGAACUUUGCAAAUAAAAUGCCGUUAAAAUUUGAAAUUACGCCCCCGCCACCAUGUCUCCCGAUAUUGCCAGGAAUCAUUAAUGAAUUUCCUACUAUAUUUUUAUCUGCGAAUGAAUUGUGCCCGAACUGUAAGCGGCAAGUCACUGCUGAAGAAGUUUUUCAAGAGAAACCGACUGUGCUUCCCAAUAUGUUUAAUUUCGACAAAGAGCUGGUGAGGGGCUUUUUGAAUAGCUUGGGACUGUGA